AGAAGAAACUCUUUCCCCUCUUUGGCUGCUCUGCUGGAGGAUAAGGCUGUCCCUGCCAGGCAGUAAAGGCAGCCUGGACCUUUAAGAGCAGCAGUUGCCAGUGCAGCUCUUCCUGGGAACUUUGGAACAGCCCAGGGUGAAAGCCUGAGCUGACUGCCUCCGAGGCAAAAUGAACAUUCAGGAGUAUUUUGGAAGAAUAUCUUACAACAAUCCCCAUAAGGAUGCAGACUUGCAGACCCUGACAGCCAUCUUCCAGCAUCACAUCCAGACCAUUCCUUUUGAGAACCUCAGCAUGCAUUGUGGGGAGGCCAUCAAGCUGGAUUUGCAAUCUACUUACAAUAAGAUUGUGAGAAAGAAACGUGGUGGAUGGUGCCUGGAAAUCAACCACCUCCUCUUCUGGGCCUUGCAAGAAUUAGGGUAUGAUGUCUGUAUUCUUGGUGCAAACAGCUAUGAGCCAGCAGAGAAGGGAUACACUGCUGAGAUAAACCAUAUCCUGCUGAAGGUGGUGAUCAAGGGAGAUUCCUACAUAGUAGAUGCUGGGUUUGGUGGUGCCUACCAGAUGUGGCAGCCACUGAUGCUGAUUUCUGGGAAGGACCAACCCCAGGUCCCUGGCAUUUUCCACUUCAUGGAAGACAAUGGCAUCUGGUACUUUGAGAAAGUCAAAAGGAAGCAUUAUAUUCCUGAGCACAGUAAGAGUGACUUCCCUGAUACUCCAGAACUGGGGAACAUCCGAAAAAUAUACAGAUUUACUCUUGAGCCACGGCAUAUAGAUGAUUUCCAGGAGCUAAAUGCCUACCUCCAAGUGUCUCCAGAUAACAUCCUUCGGAAGAAGUCAAUCUGCACUCUCCAAACCACCAAUGGGUUCCUUGCCUUGGUUGGAUGGACCUUCAGUGAGAUGAAAUACAACUACACAGAGGACACGGACCUGGUGAACAUCACAACCCUUACAGAUGAAGAGGUUGAGAAGACACUGAAAGAUAAAUUCAAUAUAGUACUGGAGAACAAACUAGUACCAGUAAAUGUUCGUGGCUUGCCACCUAAUUUAGUGGAUAAGAUCUAACUGUAACACUGUGCUAGA